AUGUGGUUUUCAAUUCCAUUGGCCGUGGUCAUUCUAUUCUCGGUCGCUAUUUUGCACCGCCUGUUCUUACAUCCUCUUAGCCGCGUCCCGGGACCCUUCCUAGCUCGCUUCAGCUCCUUGUAUUUACAUGUCAUUUGCUAUCUCGGGAUAGAGGCAAGGGUCCUCCGACAUUAUCACAACAAAUACAAGACGAAAGUGCUUCGAGUCGCGCCAAAUUCCGUCUCUGUCUCUGAUAGCGAUGCGAUCGGCGAUAUCUACAUCAAAGGGGGCGGAUUUCCCAAAGACGACAGAUACAAGAAUUUCAAUCUCGGACCCAUCGUAUCUAUCUUCUCGUCACUCGACAGGGAAUAUCGCGAUGUCCGCGCCAAAGCAGUUGCACCUCUCUUCUCUCCAGCGCAGCUGCGGGCUGAAAGCGGGCCUGAAGGCGUCAUUGGUGGUUGCGUAGCUGAGUUCGUGGAUCAGCUUCGAAAGUCUAAGGAGGCCGGAAUUGGGGCGGACCUGAUUGAUAUGUGCGCGAGACUCUCCAUCGACGUUGUCACGGGCUACCUUCUCGGCCAGCGGUACGGAGGUCUGCAAGAAAAUGCGCAUUUACCUCCACAAGAGCGCCAGUCUCACAAACUCAGCGCGAAUCACUUCAUCUUUUCUAUAGUGGCAUUCUCACGUUUUUCGUUAUUACCCCACCGCAUCUUCCAAUUCUUGUACGCAGUCUCCCAACGUCUGAGCACCAACGAUGAAGUCACCGACUCCUUUAUCAAGCUCGACCAAUUUACCAACCGCGUUCUAGAGAGCACAGCGACAGGGGAGAAACUUUCGGAGAAGCCAAAUGGAGGCCUCUACCAUGAACGACUUAUUUCGCAGGCGGGGAUCUCCCGGAUGGAAGCCGCAGCACAGUCUCAGGCUGUGGUAUUCGCUGGCGCUGAUUCAACUGCAGUCAUGUUAGCCACGAUAUUGUUUCACUUGGUGCAGAAUGGUGCGGCGCGCAGCCGGCUGCUAUGUGAGGUGCGCUCAGACAAGCCGCAAGACAUGCGAUUUCUACGUGCCGUCGUCAAGGAAGGCCUACGUCUCGGUAUGGCUAAUCCGACGAGGAUGACUCGUAUCGUGCCUGCUUCAGGGCUUCGCGUUGGCGACGUGUUGCUUCCGCCUGGCACUAUCGUAGGUUGCGCUGCAUACAAUCUACACCACGAUCCAGAUGUUUUUCCCGAACCUUUCGCUUUUCGCCCCGAAAGGUGGCUGGAUGACGGUACAGACCGCGGUCUGCGGCGACCUGGGAUGGAGAAGAGCAUGAUUCCCUUCGGUGUUGGCUCACGAGCUUGCAUCGGUAAGAAUCUUGCUCAACAACAGCUACAUGAUGCCGUUCUGGCCGUCGUGGACAGCGAAGUGCUAGAAGGCGCUCGGACGUGUCAGGAGCGCAUUGAGAUAAUCGAGUGGUUCAAUGCUGACAUCAAGGGUCAUCGUCUCAACAUAAAAUGGUCAUAG